AUGGCGUCCACGCUGGAUUCGUUCACAGCACGGCUGCAUGAUAUUGCAACACAACCAAAUAAUGCUCGACUGGUGGCAUACGAGUCACUGAUCUCGGAUCUGUUGCAACAACCAUCUAGCAAACUUAGCAGCAAUGACUUGUUGCAAGCCACGUCGGCAUAUCUACGGCAUGCGGUGUUUAGCGAACAGAACUCUACCGGCGGCGGUCUCGUCAUCGGAAGGCAAGCUCUAACUGCUCUUGAGCACCAUUCGGCUAGAUUAGCAGAGGAGUACGAAUUGCAAAAACGGGACAAGGACAGGAUGCAAGAUAUUGAGGAUGAGUCGAUGCCAUCCGUCGCUGACCGAGACACACGAAGACAGCUACUCGAGAAUGCAUUGGAACAGCUACAGCCGAGAACGCUCAGCUUCGAAGAGCAGGCGUCGAGCUUGCGUAUGCAAUUGGCUAGCUUGCUCGAGGCGGAGGAGGACUGGAAGGAAGCGGCACAGGUCUUGUUGGCGAUCCCACUGGACUCGGGACACCGCAACGUUUCAGAUCAUUUCAAGCUCUCGAUCUAUGUUCGCAUCGCUCGUUUACUACUGGAGGGCGAUGAUCCGGUGGCAGCAGACGUAUACCUCAAACGUGCUAGCAUGAUCAUCCACAACGUUCCCGGCGCUUUGCCUUCACACUACCAGCAACAGCAACAACAGCAACAACAACAACCACAGGUACAAGCAUCGGGGUCUUCAACAGCAGCAGCUGAUGGCGACGGUACAGACGGCAUUGCCGCAACAGGCAGCGGCUCAGCGAGUGCAAGCUCAAGUGGGUCAAGACACAAGCUUGAGGAGCCUAAGGUAUUGGGUCUGCAGUAUCGACUCUCUCAAGCACGUGUCUACGACUCGCAGCGACGAUUCGCAGAGGCAGCCAUCCGAUAUCACGAGCUGAGCUACGUCGCUGAGAUUGACGAGGACGACCGUGCAAUGAUGCUUUCGGCUGCUGUGACGGCGUCCAUCCUGUCUCCGGCGGGACCUCAGCGAGCACGUACGCUGGCUACACUGAUGCGCGACGAGCGCACGCCAUCGCUGCCUCAGUACACGAUUCUGUCCAAGGUAUUCCUGGACCGAGUCAUUCGUCCUGACCAGAUUGCUAGCUUCGAAAAGCUGCUCUCGCCGCAUCAGAUCGCCAGGCUAGCACCAUCUUGCGGACCCUCGGCAGCUGCUUCUUCAGCAACGUCUACAGCGGGAAGCACUUCAACCCGACAUGCACCAUCUACGGUGCUUGACAGGGCCAUGAUCGAGCACAAUGUGCUGAGUGCAUCGAGGCUGUACGAUAACAUCACGUUGGCCGGCCUGGGCGCGCUGGUGGACCUGAGCCCCGGAGGUGCAGAAGACAUUGCGCGAAAGAUGAUCAUGCAAGGACGGUUGAAAGGAUGGAUCGAUCAGGUAGGUAAUGCGGCGAAUGCAAACGCAAGAGGAGGGGGCGUGCUGUUCUUUGUGGAUCAGGAUCGACGUGGAGAAGGCGAAACAACAGCAGGCGGAUUGGAAGCCACCAAGGCUGGCGCGGAUAGCAGCGGUGGUGAUGGUAGCGGUACUGGUGGAGCAGGAGGAGAGGGUGGUGCUGGAAGCGCAGGAGGCGCAGCUGAUAUUGACACCAAGUGGACACGAAGAUGGGAUCAGCAGAUUGCGCAAGUGACCGGUGCACUCGAGGAAGUUUGUCAGAGGAUCAACAAGGUGGCUGGAAGCACUGCUGCAGUUGCCUAG